AUGCAACCUCAUCGUUUCAUUAGGGAAUUGGUGGAUCCUGAAUAUGCAAAACUAAAUCCUGAAUGCAAUAGCGUAACGUAUGAGUUUAACUCGUACGAGGAAUGCAUGAAAUUCGUAGAAAAACGAUCAAUGUAUUCCACUUAUGUUCUACAGAAAUCAAAAAUUCAAAAAUAUAAAGAUGGUGUCGAACUUUCAAGGGAAGAAUUAAAAACACCCACCAAGUAUUUUCAUCUUGCAGAAUGUGGAUAUCAGAUUUACAAAUGCCAUCGUAAAGCAAGUGGUGGUUCCAAGUCAGUCAAAAGCACUAAUUCGAUGUCCACUAAUUCAGAGUUCAAUAAUGGAGUCUUAGCAACAGAUAUAGGUGAUACAAGUGGUGAUGUGAAUACAAAUUCAAACUCAAGUUCAGUUUCAGCUUCAAUUGGUGAAGGUGGUAGUGGUUCAACUUCAAGUUCAGUUUCAGCUUUAAUUGGUCAAAAGGGUAGUGGUUCAACUUCAAGUUCAAUUUCAGAUUCAAUUGGUGAAGGUGGUAGUGGUUCAAUUUCAGAUUCAAUUGGUGAAGGUGGUAGUGGUUCAACUUCAGCUUCAAUUGGUGAAGGUGGUAGUGGUUCAACUUCAAGUUCAAUUUCAGAUUCAAUUGGUCAAAAGGGUAGUGGUUCAACUUCAAGUUCAGUUUCAGCUUCAAUUGGUGAAAGUGGUAGUGGUUCAACUUCAAGUUCAGUUUCAGCUUCAAUUGGUGAAGGUGGUAGUGGUUCAACUUCAAGUUCAAUUUCAGAUUCAAUUGGUGAAGGUGGUAGUGGUUCAACUUCAAGUUCAGUUUCAGCUUCAAUUGGUGAAGGUGAUAGUGGUUCAACUUCAAGUUCAAUUUCAGAUUCAAUUGGUGAAGGUGGUAGUGGUUCAAUUUCAGAUUCAAUUGGUGAAGGUGGUAGUGGUUCUUCUAUUUUUGGUGAUAUUGAAGAGUCAUGUAUUUUAAAUAAUUUAACAGAAUCAAUCUUUGACGAAACAACAACAAUCCAAUUGAAACCUAUAAAAAUCCAAUUGAAACCUAUAAAGAGAACACGAACACAAUACAAAUCAUCAAUAAAAGAUAACUGCAAUGCCACAAUAAAAAUAAUUGUUAACCAUGAUAAACAUACUGUUCAAUUUAACCAUCAUCAUACUCACGACCACAUGAGUCUAGAAUAUGCAAAUUCUUUAAAAUUAAAUAGAAAUUUAAGAGAAUUUAUUAGAACUAAAUACCAAGACAACUAUACUACAAGUCAAAUACUAUUGUGUUAUAAAAAUUUCCAAGUAACAGCCAUACAUUUUGUUAGUGCGAAAAUUUCCAAGUAA